AUGGCAACAUCUACAGUGUCCAAAGAUUCAGAGGGUAUAUACACUGAACUGGCCUCCACACAACAAGAUGUAUACAGCACUCUGGGCCACACAGCACUCAACAGCUCAAGAGCUCAGCACACAGAGAGACUGUGCAAGCCCUGUCCAGAGGGCUGGGAGCAGUUCUCUUCCAAGUGUUACUACUUCUCCACUGAGAGGAAGAGCUGGAAGGACAGUCGCAUUCACUGCAUUAAAUGGGCAGCUGACCUGGUGAUUAUAGAGAGUGACGAGGAGCAGGAGUUCAUCAACAAAUACAUACAAGAUUAUUACUGGAUUGGACUGAGUGACUCAGAAACAGAGGGCACCUGGCUUUGGGUGGAUGGAACCCCCCUGCAGAAAAAGUAA